AUGACACCCGUAGCGGUUCGAUGUCCUACCGAUGCCGCUCUAGCGCUGAACGAGGUCGAACGACGCGACUUCACCAGGGGGCUUCCCGCCGAAUUGCUGGUCGAGAUUUUCAGCAUGGUAAAGGACGACAGCGAAGGCACGGAAUGGCAGACCGUCACUUGGGUCGACCGACGUUGGAGGGCGAUCGCUUUAUGUGGCUCCAAACUCUGGAAGACAGUCUUCUUCGACCACAGGCUUGCUCCCGCGGACGCCCUGGAAUUGGUCCAGCGCUCUGGAUCGGCGAGGGGGUUGGACCUCACGUUCGAUGCUCGUCUUGCGCCCUGCCACGCGCGGGAGAUGCUCAAGUUGACCCAGAAACACGGUGCCUGCGCUAGGAUGCGGAAGUUAGCGGUCUGGACGGCGAGCGGCGGCUUCUCGGUUCUCCGCGACUUUCUGAUGUCUCUUCAGGCGCCCCAUCUCGAGAGUUUGACUCUUGUCGACGAGACAAAGGAGAGAUCUUGUCAUGGCGUCAUGGAGGUUCCAUUUGAAGAGAAUGACUCAGUCUUCAUGGUGCUCGCGGAUCUUCCGCAGCUGAAGGAGCUCCGCAUGCGAGGCUUCCUGCUCCUCGUCCCGCCUACGACGCUCGCACGGCUGUCCAUCCUGGAGACGUCCGACACCGAUAAAUACAACCUCGUCAACCUGGGGCCAGAGUCAAUGGACGAAUACCUUCAGUCCCUUCUCACUUCCUGUCCAAACUUGGAGCAGCUCGUGCUCCACGGUUUCCAUGCGGGGUCCUACUUGGACUGGGAGAAAGUCACGUUGCCCGGGCUGCAGUACCUGGAGAUUUUGCACGAGAGACCAUAUCAGGCCCCUCUCUACAACCACCUAAAGAUUCCCAAAACCGCCGCUGUUCAUCUCUACACGCCCCUCAAAGACGCCAAACAGAAUGUACUGUUGUACCAAGAUAAUUCGCUCCCCCCUCUUUUCGAGAACACCGCAUCGCUCGCCUUCAACGCAAACACCAACCAGCACGUGUGCGGCUGGCGCACCGCGCACCCCACCGGCUCGCCCGCCUGGUGCAUCAUGGGCGAGAUGAGCCGCCUGGACGCCCGCACACGAAGCGAACUCCUUCUGCGGGCCCUCCGCGACCUCCCACGCACCGUCAACUUUCCCAUGCCUAUCGUGCACCUCGAAUUGCACAUCCACUUCACGAUGCCCGACUACCUGUUCGCCGCGGUCUGGCGGGAGCUCCUGCUCUCCCUCCCUGCGUUGCGCGUGCUCCGCGGCGGGGGCGAGCGCGCCGCGCGCUCGUUCCUUUGCGUACUCGCGCCGCACGCGCGCUGUGGGCCCUCAGAGCGGGCGCAGCGGUGCAGCGUGCUCCUGCCGCGCCUGCGCGAGCUCGGGCUGUGUCUGGUCGCUCUGAGGGCCCCGAUGUGCGUGUGCAUCGCAGAGCGGGUGCGCUUCGUCUCUGUGCUGCGUAUCUGGCUUUCGGCGGAGGCGCACGAGGACAAGGUCACGCGGAGGGAGACAAGGAGGAACAGACGCAGCUUGACGGCGGAGAUGGAGCGCCGUUGGGGAACGAAGGUCCGUGCGGAGUAUCGCGAGCGAUGUGAGACGUGCCAUCAUGCGGCAGAUCGUGCGGGGGUGUUUGGCCACAACGACGACUCGGGGUUCGAUUUGGCGAUCCCUAACCACAGGCUCGGGGAUGGGGAUGAGGACGGAGGAUGGCAGCCGGCAGAUGACCCGGACGAAUGGAGCUCGACGAGCGGGGCCUACACCGAGGAUUCUGAGCAAGUCGCGUCCUCAGCUGGAGAAGAUUCCGACAAUGACUGGUCAGACGGCUCGUCUGACGACCUGACGUCGAGCGUUUCUCACCGGGAGGUCAAGACCCCAGAGAUGACAACUGCAGGAGAGGUCUACCAGUACGAAUCUGAGUCGGAUAGCGGGGAUGAGUCGGACGACGAGCGUGAGGACUCGGAGGACUCGGAGGAUGAUACCGACGAUGACUGGAGCUCAAAGUCAUCAUAG